CAUAUAAUGCCAUAUAUACCGAUCUAACAUAAAAGCUUCAACGUGUCAUACCAUUUAAGUCCUCAUCUAGUAUUUUGGAUCUUGAGAAGAAAAUGGCGAGUGAUGAAGUGAAGCUGAUCGGUGCAUGGGCGAGUCCCUUUGCGAUGAGGCCAAGGAUUGCUCUAAACCUCAAAUCUGUUCCCUACGAGUUCCUCCAGGAAACGUUUGGUUCCAAGAGCGAGUUGCUUCUUAAAUCAAAUCCGGUUCACAAGAAGAUUCCGGUUCUGCUACACGCUGACAAACCGGUCUGUGAGUCCAAUAUCAUCGUCGAGUAUAUCGAUGAGACUUGGAGCUCAUCUGGACCAUCCAUUCUCCCUUCUCAUCCGUAUGACAGAGCCAUCGCUCGGUUCUGGGCUGCUUACAUCGACGAAAAGUGGUUUGAUUCUCUAAGAAGUAUCCUAAAAGCUGAAGGAGAAGAGGAGAAGAAAGCGGUGCUAGCUCGAGUGGAAGAAGGGAACGCGAUUCUCGAGAAGGCCUUUAAAGAUUGCAGCAAAGGAAAAUCUUUCUUCAACGGUGACCAAAUCGGUUACCUCGACAUUGCAUUCGGAUGCUUCUUGGGUUGGUUGAGAGUCACCGAGUUGGCAGCUGGUCAUAAACUUGUUGAUGACGUCAAGACUCCUUCUCUGUCCAAAUGGGCUGAGCGGUUCUGUAAUGAUCCCGCUGUGAAACCUGUCAUGCCCGACACUGCAAAGCUCGCUGAAUUCGCUCAGAAGAUCUUUGCCAAGCCUCCACAGGCUUAAUUUCAUUUGGUUGUGGAUUAUUUGUAGGCUGAGCCUGAGUUCUCGCGAGAAUAAACUAAUUAAGAGUGCUACUUUAUUUAUAGUUGUUUUUAUUUUAUUUUUUUGGUGUGUGUUUUGGGUAUUUUGAACGUUAAUUUUGUAUCAGGCUUGGUGAAUGAAGUUGUUUUGUUUAUGGGUA